AUGCAAAUGCAACAAAUAGCUACUAUGAAAGUGAUAACAGAGAGAAGAGCUACCAUGUUGAUAUACGUAGUUCCCGUGCGCUUCAAUUUGUGGGUGAUGCUGUUCACAAGUUGCUGGGUGGUUUACAUGCUCCGAGUCAAUAUAAGCCUUAACCUUAUUGCUAUGGUUCCUCAAGUACCACACAAUACGUCAUCGCAGUCUCAGUGUGGACCCAAGGACGACAUUGCAAGCAACGAGACUCUGCCUCAUCAGGAUGGUGCCGAAGUCCACGCCUCACCAAUAAAGGUUCCAGGCGGAGCAUCCUUUAAUUGGACUGCGGAACAACAGGCUUUAAUUCUGGGCUCCUAUUUUUGGUGCUAUCCUCUGACGUCACUAGCAGGUGGAAUGGCAGCCGAACGCUGGGGGCCUCGCUACGUCGUUUUAGUCACAUCCUUCGUCAGUGCCAUACUAACAGCCCUUAGUCCUUUGGCUGCAAAACUGGAUUAUAUAGCUUUAGUAAUAAUAAGAUUCUUCUUAGGAUUUGCGGGGGGUUUUAUAUACCCAGCGCUCCAUGUGCUAGUAGCCCGGUGGGCACCGCCGGCCGAAAAGGGCAAGUUCGUAAGUGCUAUGAUGGGAGGAACACUGGGUACGGUAGUCACGUGGUCACUUACUGGACCCCUUAUGGAAAAAUUUGGAUGGGCAUCAGCAUUUUACGUCCCCGGUGUCUUAACUCUAGUUUGGUGUGGAUUUUGGUGGUAUCUAGUAGCAGAUACACCAUCAGAACACCCAAGAAUUUCGGAAUCAGAAAAGAAAUACAUUUCGGAAGCAUUGGGAGAUAAGGUCAACAAUUCGAAGGGCUUGCCGCCGUUCAGGAAAAUUGUGACAUCAUUACCGUUUCUGGCUAUGAUCAUCCUACAUUACGGCAACCUUUGGGGACUAUAUUUUAUAAUGACAGUUGGACCUAAAUUCGUUUCAAGUGUUUUGGGAUUUGAACUGUCAGCAGCUGGGGUAAUAUCAGCCCUUCCGUACUUAGCCAGAUUAUUCUUGGCUACAAUAUUUGGUGUUGUUGGAGAUUUCAUACUGGCUAGAAAACUUAUGACGACAACAUUUAUAAGAAAAUUCUUUUGUAUCUUCUCACACAUUCUUCCUGGCAUUUUAUUAGUUUUACUGGUUUACGCCGGAUGUUCUACAGCAUUAUCAGUAUCUCUGAUCACGAUGUCUAUGGGCUUUAAUGGCGCAGCUACUCUGACUAAUCUACAGAACCACCAAGACUUGGCCCCUAAUUAUGCAGGCACUUUGUACGGAAUAGCAAACUGUGUAGGAAGCACUGCAGGAUUCUUUACACCUAUGAUUACAGCAUAUUUUACCAGUUCAGAAAAUAGUUUUGAAAGUUGGCGUCCAGUAUUUUUCCUCGGGGCAUCAGUUUACAUAGUAUCGGCUAUAUUUUUCAUAAUCUUCGGUACUGGUAAUAUACAAGCAUGGAACUUUGCACCUGACGAUAAAGACGACAAGGAAGAAAGAACUAAUGGAGAUCUUAAGGACCUCAGUAAUUCGAAAAUAAAUAAUGGUGAUGCCAAGGAAAUAAAAGAAACUCCACUUAAUGUUACCACGUAA